CCACGCAACACCUGUUCACAGCUUGAACUUGCGGAUCAUGUCGAGGGCUGAUUUCAACGUUAGAACCUUGCAACACAUUGCGGGAACUUUUGCUGGAAUUGAUGCGCUCGAACGCGUCGUCAUUGUGGCGCCGCGUGCUGACUUUGAUCGUCCUUAUGCGUUCCGAUGUGAAGUCCCUGCAGCAGGGCACCCUUUGCGUGCGGAGGGCUUAGAACUGCUGUUUGCCCGCGCGGCUACCAUAGCGGUUGCGAUCGUUGGCACGUCAAAGUUGCGGAUCCACUGCGAGGAUGAUUCGACGUUGGUUUUUUUUGCAGAGGAAACUGUCAGAGAAUUCAGCACUGAUCUCGAACAUGCAACAAUUUGGCCCAGUUUUGAUCGAUCGAGGAGGACCAGAAGAUGUGGAUAUUGAUCUUUGCCAUCUACCCUUCCGCAGCCGGUCCAGCGCAUCUCAAGAGCCGCACUCCGAGCCGCUGGAAGAGCAGCUCUUUGUAGGAAUUGACUAUGGCCGUUCGGAUAUCAAGACGGUUGUCGUGGAUGCCUCUGACAGGCUCCUGGCCAAGUAUGUGACUCGUUGGUGGAGGAUCGACGACUCUGGUGUUCUGGAGUACGUGGAUCCACAGGUCUUGACCUCGCACAAGUGCCAUGUGCAAUGCUUGGCAGAGGCCGCAAUCGCUGCUCUUCAGCAAGUGAAGGACUUCUCCAAGAAGACUGUGUGCGGCGUUGGCAUCAGUGCGGCAGGAUGCGUGAAGUAUGGGAAACUCUGUGGAAUACCACCAGCCAUGGGUGGAGUAGAGGACACGGAUGCCACACGCCAGGACUUGGAGAAUCUGGAAGGCUGUGUGCUGGAGGAGAUGCGAAAGAUCCUUGAUGUGAAGGCUCGCUGCACCAGCGUGUUGGUGAAUGAUGGAGACGCCUCGGCGCUCUACGGUGCCAGUGGGAUGCCCGCAGGAAAAGCAGGGCUCUUUCUCUCCUGUGGUACCGGACUGGCCGGAGGAGUUGUUUGGAAGGGUGACUCCUGCGAUGGGAUCUUGGAAUUGGGCAAGCUGGUUGUGGGACUUCCCGACACAGGCACUGGCGGCGUGGUGCCGGUCCACGAUGGCUUGAACUUGCCGGCGGCAGCGCAAGGAAUGUGCGGCACGCAACGUGCCUUCUUCAACCUGCUGGCGGCGCGGGGUGGCGACUUCAUCACGGGGAAGGCCGAGCAACGGGCUGCGCUGGUGGCCAUGCAGAAGAAGGAACUGGACGCUGACUCACGAGGCCUUUUCGAGUCUUUGGGGCAAUGGCUCGCAUGCUUCGUGAUGGAGUUGAAUGAAUACCUCCCAGUGAAAGUGAACUACGUGGAGGCCGGUGGCAAAGUCACAGAUGGCCCCACCGGGGAAGCGAUGCUGGAGGCCUGUCGCCAGGCGCUGCCAGAGAUGGAGGUGCGCAAGGCUUUGGACAGCGAGUUCGGGCAAGCGGUGGCCGUGGCCAGUUUGGUGCGACCCCAAGGCUGAGCUCGACCAGAGCGGUGAGCUUGGUCGAGUCUGAAGAGUGUUUUGAGCUGAGUGGUAGCGAGGCAAAGCUCCGAGCUAGGUGAAUUGACGAUAGUCUAAGAUAGGUAAGAUGUCCCUGAGGCUGGGAAGCUGAAGAUUUCAGCAACUGCCGAAUCUUGGCAGAUGCUCGAUAUCUCUUGGGUCUCACUGCGGAAGAAUC